AUGCCAUUCAAUGAGACCGAGCUGCAGAGAAUCAGUGGGAUUCUUCGAGACGUCUGCCUGGGCCUCUUGGAGGUCCUGCACCCUGAUGCCAAGCUUCUUGGAAAUGUACUCAGCACCACCUCUAGGAGUUUGCUAAUGCCAUUCAAUGAGACCGAGCUGCAGAGAAUCAGUGGGAUUCUUCGAGAUGUCUGCCUGGGCCUCUUGGAGGUCCUGCACCCUGAUGCCAAGCUUCUUGGAAAUGUACUCAGUCUUCACAGAGAAAGGCAAUGGAAGCAUCUCUUCAAGGAAAAAGAAGACCAUCAGGGAGAAGCAGUGAACUUCCUGCAUGGUCCAUCCAUCAUCAUCAAGAUUCGGAGGGACCAUAUUUAUGAAGAUGCCUUUGAUCGCCUAUCUCCAGAAAAUGAGCCAAACCUCAAAUUGGUGAUGAGGGUAACACUGAUGAAUGCUGUUGGCCUGGAUGAAGCUGGGAUUGAUGGAGGUGGAAUAUUUAGAGAAUUUCUGUCUGAGUUGCUCAAGACUGCUUUUGACCCAAAUCUGGGAUUCUUCAGCCUCACUCAGGAAAACACUCUGUAUCCCAGCCCACACAUCCGUGCAUUGGAACCUGACUUCCAGAAACAUUACUUUUUCAUUGGACGGGUAUUGGGAAAGGCCUUGUAUGAGAAUCUGCUGGUGGAGAUCCCCCUGGCAAGCUUCUUCCUUUUCAAGCUGCUAGGCAAGGGAGAUAGUGUGGACAUUCACUACCUGAAAAGCCUGGACCCUGUGGUCUAUAGGAACCUUUUGGAGCUUCGCACUUAUGAGGGCGAUGUCUCUGAGCUGGAUCUUGACUUCACAACUGUGUCUGAAAUUCUGGGACAGGCUGAGGUGAUUGAGUUGAAACCUGGAGGGAGGAGUAUGCCAGUGACAUCUUCCAAUGUCAUAGAAUACAUCCACCUGAUGGCAGAUUACAGGCUGAAUGUAGAGAUCCGAAGCCAAUGCAUAGCAUUCAAGAAGGGACUGGAAGAUGUUCUAUCAUUAGAUUGGCUUGCCAUGUUUAGCCCUGCUGAAUUCCAGACCCUUAUUUCAGGUGCUUCUAUACCUGUGGACAUUGCCAAUCUUCAGGAGUUCACCAAGUAUGGUGGUGGGUAUUCAGCUGAUCAUCUGGUCAUCAAGAGUUUCUGGCGAGUGGUGUCAGGAUUCUCAGACCGUCAGAAAUCCCAACUCUUGAAAUUUGUGACAUCAUGUUCCCGUCCACCUCUCCUCGGUUUCAAGGAGCUUCAUCCCCCGUUCUGCAUUCAGAGUGCUGGCCAAGACCUCGAACGUCUCCCAUCAGCAUCCACUUGCAUGAACCUCCUCAAGUUGCCUGAAUAUCGAACUGAGGAAGUUCUUCGUGAGAAGCUCCUGUAUGCCAUCGAGUCUGGAGCUGGCUUUGAGCUCAGUUAGAUGACAGAUUCUUCUCAAAGGUCCCCAUGGUGAUUACAUGUCAUUUUGUGAUAGCUGUUUGCCCUAAUAAAUGAAUCAAUAACUAUA